UUUGGUUCUCAGAGGUUGUUUUUAAAAAGUGUUUACUUCUUGGGUUCCCUGUGGUUUUGCCCACAAUGCAUUGUUCAAACAACGUGCUAGGUCACUUUCCCGGCAAGAUGGCUUCCAACAAUCAGGGAAACGACAGUGGCUCAAAUUCUGGUAGGAUUGACGUUGACAACCCUCCUUUCUCGAGAGUUUUUGUGGUAUGUAGUAAGAGACAUACAUCAGACGAUAUGAGAAUAGCUUUUGAGCCGUAUGGUGUGAUUGAAGACAUUUGGAUGGUUAAAGACAAAGUGACUAAAGAAAACAGAGGUGUCUGCUACAUAAAGUUCGAGAAAGCUUCUUCGGCUGCUCUUGCAUGUGAAGAAAUGGAUUGCAAACAAAUUGGAGACGACCCCAAAGUAAUUAAGGCAAUGAUUGCUCAAUCAAAGCAUUCAGGCUCUAAAAUGGACUUCCAUGAUCCUACCACAAUGACAAGAUUGUUUGUCAUCUGUCCCAAAGACUACACUGAUGAUGACUUGAGAUCCAAGUUUGAAAACUUUGGUGAUUUAGAAUAUGUUCAGAUUGUGCGUGAUCAUCAGACAAGGGAGAAUAAAGGUUAUGGUUAUGUGAAGUUUUCUAAAGCAUCUACUGCAUCUUUGGCUUUAGAGAAUUGUGACAAAGGACUGAAAGCUGUUUGGGCAGAGCCAAAAUCAGCCAAAGUUGCUAGAUAUGCUGCUGCUGCAUCUUCAGUGGCACAGGCUUAUGCACCUCAAAAUCCAUUCUUGGACCAAACAGGGAUCUUCUCAGCAGCCAUUCCACAAGCUCAGCCAACCCUUCACCAGCCUAUGGAGUUUUUUACUAGUCAAACAGCAAGUAACCCAACAGCAUCUGUAGCAGAAACAAUCACAUCGUCACACACACCUACAAGAUUAUUUGUAAUUGUGUCAGUAUCCUUGACUCAAGACCAAGUAGCCCGUCUGUUUGACAUCAUACCAGGAAUGCAGAUGUGUGAUCUGAAACGCAAUCACAAAACAGGUGAAUCAAAGGGCUUUGCAUAUGUUACAUACAAUUCUGUUGGAUCUGCUAUCUAUGCAAAGGAAAAGUUGAAUGGCUUUGAGUAUCCUCCAGGCUCUAAGCUUGUCAUCAAAUAUGCUGAGGAUCCACCCUCAAGUCGUAACAACUCUGAGUCAAGUUCAUCUAACAAUAUCUUUGGUUCCAAAUCAUCAAUUCCUGGAGCCAGUACAGCCUUUACUCUUGAUAGCAGCCAAGUUUAUACUACAGCAGGACUUCCGGCACCUGCACCACUUGCUGAUCCUAACUCUGAGGUAGUAUCACGAUUGUUUAUUGUGUGCAAUCCAGCACCACCGCCUGAUCCCGUCCUCAAGGAUGUUUUCAGUAGAUUUGGUAAUCUAAUUGAUGUGUAUAUGAUGAAAGACAGGAACUUUGGAUAUGCAAAGUUUGCAUCAAAAGAUUCUGCUGAUGUCGCAAUUGAAGGACUUCACGGUCAUGAGGUGUUGGGAAUGAAACUCAAAGUUAUGCAUGCAGACCCUCCUAAACACGAGUCUUCACGCAAGAGACCACGCACCUAAUUCUCACAAUACAGUCCCAAGGUGAAACACUGUAUAUUGCAUCGCCAACAAGAACUGCAGUUAUUUUGCAGGUAAUGUAACUAUAUUAUGAGUUGGCAAAUUUGUAUUAUUGGACAGAAACAACAUACUUGGAUACAACAGAACCGUCAAUAUAUACGUAGAUCACUCAGACAACUCUUGACAACGUUGGCAAGACACGACUGGAGGACUGGACUGGAGUUGGGAACUUACAGAGAGCACUAAGACAUUUGUAUAGAAAACUUGAAGACUCUGUGACUGGAACGUUUAGGAUAAGGAUUCUUACUCUAUUCAAACCAAGCAAACGUUUUAAAUAUUUUAACAUAAACGAUGUUUUGGAUGCAUAUAUUGCCUUUGUGAUGAGUUACUUCAUCUUAAAUUUAUUUAAACUUUAUACAAUGUUAGUUAAACAUAAAAAUAGGUAUUUGCCAAAAUUAUUGACUAGUUAAUGUAAUAGCUAAAUUUCUCUAGCUUGAAAAAUAAACUAAAAUAUCCUUUGCAUCUGCAUAAUUUUGUUUUUAAUUCAACCGCUGUAGUUGAUAAUGGAUUAAAAACAUCAACUUAAGAGUAAAAUAGUGUCCGGAGUAACCUUAAGCAAUUGUUGAUGAAUGAAAUUAAAAAUGAAUUCAAUAUUUGAA